AAAUCUCAGGAAAUGACUGGAGUGAAUAACCGUUCUUGUGCUACCAAACGAUUAGCUGUGUGCGUGCUUCCCUCUGAGAAUGCUGACCUGGGACAACAUGAUAUGCUGUUUUUGGAGUUGUACGCUUAUUUUGGGACACUCUGUAUAUUUAGUCCAGCCGAAAUUAAUGCACGCAUGCGUAAUCAUUUGUCAAGUAACGUUGAUUGCCGGCUGAAGUGACAGAUUUUUUAGACGCGUCAGUUUACAUUGGGUAGAUUAGAAGAUGAAUUUUCAGUUUUUCUUUUGUUCUCUCAUUACAUACGUUAUACUGACUAACAAGUAAUUUGUUCGUGAACAAUUUUCAUGUAUUUGAAAGAUAUUUAAAGAAUUACUUGAGUUAAUUAAUCAUGCAAUUUUUAAGAACUUAAAUAGAAUGUUAUUUAUGUAUAAAUGAAUUAGUUUUUCUCUUUGACAUGUUAGCUUAUUAAUGUAGAACACCUGAAUAGAUAGAAAGUACACAAUACAGAAGCUUAAUACUUCAUCAAAUUACUUAAUAGUAACCAAUCGGUCAAUUUGAAUCUGUUUGCUCUCCCCCUCCUUUUAAUUUAUUUGAUGUAUUAGAUAUAUUGGUCUCUUCAGAAACACAGUUCUUCUUUGGGGCUCAAAGUGAACCAUAAAUAUGGAAAAGAAAAAUAUGAAAUCAACACCCUGGAUAUUGCUACCUUGGAGUAUUUUUCUUCUUAUAAUAAUUCAAUUUCUAAUUCAACUGUUGAUAAAUAUCUAUCUUUAUACUUACGUGGCUCGUGUGGAAUCAGAUGUUUUUAAUAUGCGAAAUCAAGAUCUUCUGGAAAUUCAGAAACUGGAACGCAGAAAACGAAGUAGUGCAUUGCCUGUAACAGAAGAUAAUAAAGUUUCAGACACAUCCAGAAUUUGGCAAGAAAAGGAUACACUGAAAGAAUCUAAAAAAGUAACUUCAUCUCCUACAGUAAAGUCAGGUUUGACAUCUUCUCCAAUCACUCCUAUGGGACACGAUUGGGUAUGGUUGAAUGCAGAUACUCGUGUACAGGUUGAUGCGAUCGAAAAUUUUUGCCGCUCUUCGAUGAAAUAUUGUCCUCCAGGUUUACCAGGAGCUCCGGGAAGCCCAGGAGCUCCUGGAGAACCAGGACUUCCGGGAUUACAGGGAAUGACCGGUCCGAAAGGACCACCCGGUUUAACUGGUCCUCCUGGACCUCGUGGACCAAAAGGUGAUAUAGGACCGUCCGGUUUCGAUGGAAGAGACGGAGUACCGGGUGAACCUGGUCUCGACGGAAUACCCGGACGUAGUGGUUUAGAUGGAUCACCUGGAAUAAAUGGUAAACCAGGGAUAAAUGGAUCUCCUGGUCGGCCUGGACGAAAUGGCACAGACGGAAGGCCUGGUCAAAUGGGACCACAAGGACCACCUGGACCGCGCGGAGAAGUGGGUCCUCCUGGUAGACCAGGCUUACCAGGACAAGAUGGCAGACCAGGGAUAACAGCCUGGAAGGUGAACAUGAAUGAUUACAAUGUAAACGAUUUACUAAUUCCACCUUCCAUUUUAGAUGACCGUAUGUUGCCUACGACAGUAAAUUCUACCGAAUUAAUAUCCGUUUAUGAGGGAACCAACUUAAGAUUGAGAUGCGCAGCGAGUGGAAAACCUCAGCCUGUUGUUCAAUGGUUCAGAAGCGACGGAGCCGUUAUUCCUAUAGGAUCUUGGCAUGUGACUUCUAUAAUUGGACAUACGUUUAACAUCAGCGUAGUGAAUAGAGAACACAUGGGAGAAUAUACUUGCGUAGCUGACAACGGAGUUCCUCCUCGAGCACUGAAAAAAUUCAGACUCCAAGUUAAAUUCCCACCCUUCAUUCGAAUACGCAAUCAGAUGGUUCGCGUACGUAGCCAAAGCACUGGAGUUUUAGAAUGUGAAGUUGAGGCAUUUCCGGAACCAACUAUUUCUUGGGAACGUGAAGACGGUGGACGUUUAAAAAUGUCUGAUAAAUACAGAAUGGAAGUUUAUGAUAAAAGAGAUACAUAUAAGCUUAAAAUGCGUUUGAAAAUUACAAAAAUAACGUUGGCGGACCAUGGUACCUAUUAUUGUGUUGUUAAAAACGAUAUAGAUAUUACUAAAGGUUCAUUUAUAGUCGAUGACAACAUAAAAAGUAUGGAAAAAUUCAAGAUAGGAAAACAGCAACACGUUACGUACGGAAAGCCUGCACCGCAAAGUAUUGAUUUAGAAGAACUUUGUGCACCGCAUGAAACUUGUACAGCUUGUCCCGUUUUAAGAUGUACCUUUACAGACGUUGCUGAAUAUUUAAAUAUUCAGCCUCUGAAAAAUGUCACAUUCACUGGCCUUCCACCGCGAUUAGCAGAUGGUGUAAUUGAAGCAGUAGGAAAACCUGUAUUAAAAGGCACGAUGGAUGAUCAUUAUGGAAGUUGGAUGCAUGAUAUGGCUAAGUCUGAUGGAUUUCCCGACAAACUCUGGGUUACUCGAAAGAAUGAAAGUUCCUUUAUUUUUGAAUAUAAAUCAAAAGAUUAUUUUAAAAAUGCCAGUUCAUAUCCUAUUGCAUUACCCUAUCCAUUUCAGGGAAAUGGUCAUGUAGUGUAUAAUAGAUCUUUCUUUUACAAUCCCAUUAAUCGUUCUUCAAUUUAUCGCUUUAAUCUUCAUUCCAUGUCCGAUCAUAUAUGCGAUAAGGAAUAUUCACGAUGCGAGUUGCAUCUUCCUGGAUUAUUGGUGAAUACAAGAAACUAUCUGUACACGCCAAAUCAUAAUUUUAAUUACAUUGAUUUCAAUGUUGACGAGAAUGGAUUAUGGGUAAUAUAUGGUUUACCAUCAAACAAUACAGUAGUUGUAAAACUGGACGCAAAUAACAUGAAUAUACAACACGCAUGGAAUAUUAGUAUUGAUAAUCAUAAAUUUGGAGAAAUGUUUAUUGCUGGAGGAGUACUUUAUGCUGUUCAUAGUGUAACUGAAGAAACGAUGAAAAUAGGAUUGUCAUUUGAUCUUUAUAAGAAUAUUACAAUUCCUGUUCAUUUAUCAUUUACAAACCCUUAUCAUAAAACUACAGCAGUCAGCUAUAACCACAAGACCAAAGAACUUUAUACUUGGAAUAAAGGAAAUCAACUAGCCUACCCUAUCAAAUAUCAAGGUUUUACAAAUGUUACAGCAAAAGAAGAAUUCAGGGGUAUAGAAAGUGGAAUAUGAAAUUUUAUCUUUCCUUUAAUGUAUCGACAGAAAAUGAAAGAAAAAUAAGGAAAAAUUGCUUUAUAUUUUAAAUCCUUUUCUCUGUACUCAUUUUACCCAACUAUAUCAAUCUUUUAUUGUUAAAAUAAUUAGAAGUAGUUUGAGUACAAUUCACUACAAUCUUUUACAAUGUAGAAAAUUUGUAUUAUUCUUUUCAAUAAAGAUCACAAUAUUAUAGCAUUUCAUAUUUUUCUUUUUCACAUAAAAUCAUAAACAUUCAUAGUAGUAAAUUAGAACUACCCCAUAAUGUUUUUCAUUAACUAUUUCAAUUAAACUACCUGUUA